AAUUCUUAAAAGUUCCUAUUAUUAAGCAACAACUUUGAUAACAAAUAAAAUUUAUUAAAAAUCAUAGAUAAUUAUAAGAAUUUCAUCAAACAUAAAUGAAAUAAAUAACGAAAUGGUGUAAUUAUUUUGAAAACAAAUGGAGUUGAAACGUAAAAUGUUUAAGAAUAGCCGGAGAAUUUUCGAUUGAGGUAUUGAUUAACUUUGGAUCAAGGUUAAAACGAAACUCUUGCUGUUAACCCCUACACUCUCCCCGCUAAACGAUCAAAGGUAAAGAAGUUUUAUGGUCAUUUCUUUGGCAAUCAAUUGAUACGCCUUAACAUUCAAGACGAUAAGUUCACAUACAAGCACUGCAACCAAAAGUUAUCCAACUCUAAUGUAAAAGCGGGAGAGAGCGUGAUUUACAAGUAUACUCACCACCACAUAUUAAGCUGCUCUUUUUUGGGAACAAACAAUUGCCAAAAACGAAACCUAGGCGCAGGCGCCUCUGCUGCGAAACAAGUUUAGCCAGUGUAUUAUUGCCCGCAUGUAUGUAGCUCUAAAGUCAAGCUUAACAGUCAACAUAACAGACGUCGUAUCUACCAACCAACCUACCUACCAAUAAAGCAUAUAGCAAGCAAGCUGGCCAGUCGUCAGUCUGUCAACCAGACAAGCAACCAACUAUUUUAUUAAACUGAAGCUCUUAGGCACUUGCAGCUUAAAACAAAAAACACUUUGCUGAAGCUGUUGGAGCCAAACGCAACGCUCGAUUUUGUUGUCUUUUAAGCCGUCCUUAGUCGUGUAAAAAUAAAUCUUUAAAAAAUAUUUUCAAAUUAGACAAACGUUCAUUUUCAGACGUUAUGGUCAAAUACUUUUUUCGAAAAACAAAAAAGUCAUAACAAGUACCAAAUAAAAAAAAAGAAAAUAAAACGAAAAUUUUAAUUAAAAAAAAGUGCAAGUGUUAUAAAACUAAAAAUAUUAAAAUUUUUAAAAUUAAAAAUAUUAAUUUAAAAAAUAAAACAUAAAUUUCUUUAUAGCACCAAAUGAAGUCGUAACAGUUUUAAAAUUAAAUAAAAUAAUUUAAAAUUAAAAAAUAUAUAUUAAAAAAAGUUUAAAAAAUCCUAUAACCCGUGUAACGUUCUUAAAAUAUCUUUUGUUUACUUUAAACAUUUUCCCAAAAAAAAAAAAAUCUAAAAAAAUAUGGCCUGUUUAAGUACUUCCGGUCGCCAAGGACUGUUCGUGGCAGUCGGUUCGCGUCGUUAUCACAAUCAACGUUUUCUAUGUCAACUUAUGCUGCAACAACAAGAGAACAAUCAUCGAAAAAAUUUAGGUGGAUCUAUGACAAAUACUAAAUGCUCCACUGCUACUUCAAGGUUGUUGAGCUGCACCACUUCCGCUUCCCUGUCUAAUGCACCGUUACAUUUUCAACAGCCUAAACGUUAUUUUCAUGGAUUUAAUAAAAAUACAACAACUACUACGACAACAGCAACAAGUGUUUUCAAUUUAAUGCAUAAUUCUCCUACAGCCACUACAAAUUCUAAAACGAAAUGCUCAAAUUUGAAAACAAACUGCCGUCAUUACAGUUCGGUUCAUACACAACAGCCAGCUGGUCCUGUACGUGAGAUCCAAAUAGAUCCCUAUAUAAUAUUGGAUGAUGAACUAAAAUAUUUUUAUGAUGAUGUUAGAGAUUUACUUGCACAAGGUACAAGUCAAGCAGAACUUGAUAAAAUCGCCACAUACUACUUCGAUGGCCAGGGUAAGGCCUUAAGGCCCAUGGUCACCAUGCUCAUGUCCAAAGCUAUAAAUUAUCAUUUAAAUAAAGAAUCAAGACAAUUGCUGCAUAAACAACGACAAAUCGCUUUGUUUUCUGAAAUGGUGCAUUCGGCCAGUUUGGUACAUGAUGAUGUUAUUGAUCAGUCUGAUUUUCGUCGUGGCAAACCAAGUGUGAAUGUAUUAUGGAAUCAUAAAAAGGUUACAAUGGCUGGUGAUUAUAUUUUAUCGGUGGCUUCCAUAAUGAUUGCCCGUCUGAAAAGUGACGAUGUAACAAUCGUUUUAAGUCAAAUUUUAACUGAUUUGGUACAAGGUGAAUUUAUGCAGUUGGGUUCAAGGGAAACUGAAAAUGAACGUUUUGCCCACUAUUUAACAAAAACAUACAGGAAGACGGCUUCUCUGAUAGCCAAUACAUUAAAAGCGACGGCUGUUAUUGCUGAAGCUGAUGAAAAUAUGACCGAGCUUGCUUUCCAAUAUGGCCGUAAUAUUGGUUUAGCUUUCCAAUUAGUGGAUGAUAUGUUGGACUUUGUUUCCUCCACAGAGACAAUGGGUAAACCAACAGCAGCCGAUUUAAAAUUGGGUCUUGCAACGGCGCCUGUUUUAUUUGCCUGCGAAAAGUAUCCCGAAUUAAAUCCCAUGAUUAUGCGCCGAUUUGGUGAACCCGGUGAUGUAGAACGUGCCUUUGAAUUAGUACACAAAUCUCAUGGUUUGGAACAAACUCGCUUUUUAGCCAAGAAACAUUGUAUUGAAGCGAUACGAUUGGCCCAAGAAAUGACAGAGUCACCCUAUCAGAAGGGUCUGCAGGUGGUAGCUGAUUUAGUCAUUAAUCGCAUGAAAUAAUAUAUAUAUAUAUAAUUAUUUCUUUUUAAUUUUAUAAUGUAAAAUUUGAACAAUUAUUUUUGGCCAAAACAAAAAUAUUUACAAAAUUACAAAUUUAUUAAUAAUAAUUUAUAAAACCCUUUUUUUUAUAUACAAAACUACACCACACACAUACACUUGCAUAUACACGAAUGAUUGUAAUGAUAAAACAACAAAA